UUCCAGCGUUUACGCCUCGUAAGUCGUAACAUAACCCCCCCCCCUCCCCUCACGCUCUCUUCCUAGCACAUCCAAAAAUGGCCGUCAAAACCAUCCCGCCGACCGAUGCUCUCUGUAUUACUCCCACCGCCGGCAUCGACUACCUGAGCAGCCGGGUCUUGCCUGAACCUGAUGUUUUUAUUCACACAUCCAGUGGCGCGCGCAUUCCCGCGCACACUAGCAUUCUGGCGUCAGUGUCGCCGGUUUUGGAGAAUAUCAUAGAUCAGCCACGCAAGCAUCGGAGCUGUGAGAGAAUCAUUCAAAUACUCGGUGUUCCUUGCGAUGCCGUCAUCGCUUUUCUCGGCUUCCUUUAUUGUUCCAGGUGCGCGGAUGAGCAGAUGGAGAAGUAUGGGAUUCAUCUGCUCGCAUUGUCGCACGUGUAUUUGGUGCCACAACUGAAGCAGAGAUGCAUCAAGGUGCUUGCCGAACGGUUAACGAUCGAGAAUGUGGUGGAUUUGCUCCAACUCGCUAGGCUCUGCGACGCGCCCGAUCUUUACAUCAAGUGUAUGAAGCUACUCACCAGUCACUUCAAAUCUGUGGAAGCGACAGAGGGCUGGAAAUUCUUGCAGAAGCAUGACCCAUGGCUUGAGCUCGACAUCCUCCGGUUCAUGGAUGAGGACGAAUCGAGGAAGAAGAAAUCGAAGAAGCAGAGGGAGGAGCUGAGGUUGUACGCAGAGCUGAGCGAGGCGAUGGAGUGUCUAGAACACAUAUGCACCGAAGGGUGCACCGACGUUGGGCCUUACGGCGUGGAGCUCCAGAAAGACAGGAGGCCGUGCAGCAAAUUCGCCACGUGUCACGGGCUUCAGCUCUUAAUCAAGCACUUUGCUACGUGUAAUAAGAAGAUGAACGGAGGGUGCUUACGCUGCAAGCGAAUGUGGCAGCUCUUCCGACUUCAUUCCUGCAUUUGCCAGCAAACCCAUUCUUGCAAGGUUCCUCUUUGCAGGGAAAUGCAAAUGAAAAUGCAGCAAGAGAAAAGGAAAGACGAUCCAAGGUGGAAACUACUGGCCAGAAAAGUGGCCUCUGCUAGAGUCAUGUCUACACUCUCUUUGCCGAAGAGGAAGAGAGAUGAUGAAAUUAGAAUAAACAUGAACAAUUAUGCGAUUAAAAGUUUCAAAUUAAAAUGAGAAUAAUUGUGUAAAAUAUAGGGCCGUUUAUAGCGUCAAUGCCCUUCACUUGUUCUUUCAUCUCCUAUGAGUUUAUGCUGUCUGGUUUGUUUUUCUGUAGAAGCAGCAGGUUUUUUAAUAGAGUGGCUCCUGUUGUGCGUUCCUUUUUACCUUUUGCUUUCUAGUAGAAAACCAUCAAUCAGUUAAUCCAUGGGCCACCAGAAGAAGAGGCAGUAUGAGUAAAUUAUUGUAAUUAAUGUACUUUGUCUGUUCUCUCCCGGUCGAUGUAAUAUAAGCAAGGCAGCCAUGCGACACACUUCAGGCUA